CGAGACCGCAGUUGUCUUCAUCACUCCCAUCAAAGCAAUCGACAUUUCCAUCACAAACAUCCUCCUUCUCCACACACUGUCCAUCAUCACACUCGGACUGGUAACUAUAGCAAUAGCCUGACAGAAAAAACAAUAGAAAGUCAAGAACAACAACGCUGCAGGGUUAGUCCUCAUUUCAUUGGUGUACUUAGAGAGGGCGUUCCACUGUAUCAACAACACAAGCAAACUAUAAACACCAAAGACAACUCAAGGUAUAUAUAUAGGCCUCUAAGAUCGACAAUUCUCCAUUGCCUAAUGUGUUAUUUAUUCGGAGGUAAAAAUAGGCUUACAGUUGAUUUAUUAGGACAGCGCCCAACACCCACACAAUACAAUAAUAGCUAACCACUGCAGUAAGCUUCGUCACUUCCAUCGUAACAAUCAUCAUCUCCGUCACACACGUAUCUUUCGUCUAUGCAGCGCCCAUUGUGACACUGGUACUGAUAGGUGUAGCAGU